UGAAAGAAUCUUGCCAACCCGGAUGUGAUUUAUUGAUGAGACUUAUUUAUGAAUAGUAUGCCAAACAGCAGCUACCCGACUUGAAUCUCACUCUCUUUCCCACUUUCCUCUUUUCCCCACUUCCCUUUUAUUACAACAUAAGUACAUUCAGAGACACACUCUUAAGUUAUAUAUAACCUCCAACACAACCCUUUUGCAACACAAGACUUGUGAUCGAAUUGAGCACAAGAAACCAAGCAUGGGCACUCUGAAAGGUGGAACAAGGCCCCCAUGGGUUGGUCUUGGAGCUGGUGUGGCUGUUCAGAUGGCCUCAGGCAAUGCUUAUAACUUCCCCCUUUACUCUCACUCUCUUAAAUCAGUCUUGGGUUUUAAUCAGAAACAGCUUACUAUGCUUGGUGUGGCUAAUGAUAUUGGUGAGAAUGUUGGGGUUCUUCCUGGCAUCUUCUGUAAUAAAUUCCCUCCUUGGGUUCUUCUCUCUAUUGGUUCUUGUGCUUGCUUUUUUGGAUAUGGUGUUCUUUGGCUUGCUGUUUCUGAGACUGUUCAUGAUUUGCCUUAUUGGCUGUUAUGGAUUUCACUUUGCAUUGCCACCAAUAGUACUGCUUGGUUCAGCACAGCUAUAAUUGUAACUAACAUGAAAAAUUUUCCUCGCAAUCGUGGGACCGUUGCUGGAAUUCUUAAGGGUUAUAGUGGUCUCAGUGCAGCAGUGUUUACUGAAGUAUACAGCCUAUUACUUGGUCAUUCUUCUUCCAAGCUCUUGCUGUUCCUAGCACUGGGAAUUCCAGCCCUUUGUAUUGUGACGAUGUAUUUUGUUAGGCCUUGUACUCCAGCUUCGGGGGAUGAUCCAUCAGAAGAUUCUCAUUUCCUUUUCACACAAGCUGCUAGUGUUGCACUUGGAAUAUACAUUCUUACAACUACAACUCUGGAUAAUUUUGUCACUUUAAGCAAUUCUGUUUCAUAUGCUCUUGUGACCAUUAUGGUACUUCUUCUUGUGGCCCCACUCGCUAUCCCUGUGAAAAUGACAUUUUAUCGAUCAAACAACAGCAGAUCUGGUAAGCCUAUUCAACCAUUUGGGUCCUCUGAUCAGUUGGUUCAUGAAGAGGGCAAUGGAGACAAAACAGAACCACUGCUGAUAACAUCUUCAUCAACAACAAACCUUGGAAGUUUUCAUGAUAGUGAUGAUGUCUCAGAUGUCGAUAUUCUUCUGGCUGAGGGAGAGGGGGCAGUGAAAAAGAAGAGGAGGCCUAGAAGAGGAGAAGACUUUUCAUUUCGUGAAGCUUUAGUGAAGGCUGACUUCUGGCUUCUAUUCUUCGUUUUCUUUGUUGGAGUUGGUUCUGGUGUAGCUGUUCUCAAUAACUUGGCUCAAAUAGGGCUUGCUCAAGGGGUGCAGGACACCACUAUCCUGAUGUCCCUCUUCAGCUUUUGCAAUUUUGUGGGCCGGCUUGGCGGGGGCGUUGUCUCUGAAUAUUUUCUUAGGUCUAGAAUGGUCCCCAGAACAUUCUGGAUGACAAUCUCACAAGUUCUAAUGCUCGUUACGUAUCUUCUGUUCGCUUCUUCACUGAGUGGCACCUUGUAUGUUGCAACUGCAAUGCUUGGAAUCUGCUAUGGUGUACAAUUUUCCAUCAUGGUCCCAACUACCUCCGAACUUUUUGGUCUGAAGAAUUUUGGCACUUUCUACAACUUCAUGUCAUUAGGGAAUCCUCUUGGCGCGCUUCUGUUUUCAAGUUUCCUUGCUGGGUAUAUAUAUGACAGCGAGGCAGCAAAACAGCAUACUGUAUCUUGCAUUGGACCUACUUGUUUUAGGACAACUUUCUUGGUACUAGCUGGAGUUUGUGGUAUGGGCACUCUCCUUAGCAUGGUACUGACUAAAAGAAUAAGGCCCGUGUAUGAUAUGCUUUAUGGAGGCAGUUCCUUCAGGUUGGUACACUGAUCAUGCCGCAUGACAACUCCCAAACAGUUUGGGAAGCAAAUGUUUUUCCAGCUCAGUCGGGUGAGUUUUGAGACAAUCUGUUUGUAAUCUGUAAAACAUCAAGGAAUGUAUGUAUUAUACUUGUAAUUGAGCUAUAUAUAUUAGCAACCAAAAGUAUAAGUACAAUUAUCCAAGCUGGGCAUUCUGGAUAGCAUAGACUUUUGAACGUUGUUCGGAGUGCCUCUGAAUCUUUGUAGUACUUAACUUGGUAUUGUAUCUUUGUGUAAUAGUAAUUUUUCAACAGCUUUUUGCAUA